AUGCGUCUGCCGGCUCUCACAUCGCUGGUUGCGCUCCUGCCAGCCUUGGCAGCGGUCGCAGCCCAGGAUGCCACCCCUUCUAGCAGCGCCACGUCCGCCGCGAGCUCGACCACCUCGAUGGUGAGCAGCGUCGCCUCCAGUGCAAGCAGUGCAGCUUCUUCUGCUUCUUCUUCCAUCACCAGCGCUUCCGGCUCUGCUUCAUCUAGCUCGGCCGCUUCCAGCUCGUCGGUCAACCCCUUGACGGAAAAGCCAGCCGCGGCUGUGCCCUCGGCCACAGGCAGCCCCUCGGCUGUCAUCCCCAGCGGUGAAUUGCCACCCUCGCAGGAGCUCUGCACUUCGCCCAUCUACUGUCCCGGUCCUCUGCUGCAAGCCGUACAGCUUGCCGGUAUCUUUGAGGACAGCAAGACCUUUGUCGACAAGGCCACCUCGAGACCCGAAUCCGAAGUCGUCAACAACUUCAACCAGCUCGGCGGUGGCAACACUAGCAACAUCACCUACGAAGAGAUCGUCCAAUUCGUCGACGACAACUUCGUCGCGGAAGGUGUCGAGCUCGUACCCGCCGAUCUCGGCGACGAGUUUGUCGAGGACCCCGAAUUCCUGCAAGGCGUCGAGGACGAAGUGGUCCGCGACUGGCUCAAGCAGGUCCACAGCUACUGGGAGCUGCUCGCCCGCACCACCAACUCUUCCAGCCCCAGCGGUGUCCAGUGCGACGGAUGCGUCUCUUCGUUCAUUCCUUUCAACGAGAGCCGUGUCUUUGUCGUUCCUGGUGGUCGUUUCCGCGAGCUCUACUACUGGGACACCUUCUUUGUCAUUGAAGGCUUGAUCACCUCGCAGCUGCAGUCGGUCGUCAAAGCCAUCCUCGAAAACUUUGGCGAUCUCAUCGACAGGCUCGGCUUCAUCCCCAACGGCAACCGUAUCUACUACGAGAACCGUUCGCAGCCUCCUUUCUUUACGCUGAUGAUCGACAAGUACAUUGAGGCCUACAACGACACUUCGGUGCUGGAGCGAUUCCUUCCCUUGCUCGAGCGCGAGAUGUCUUACUGGAAGACCAACCGCACCAUCGAGUUCACUUCGCCCUUUACCAACAACACCCACAACAUCACCCACUACAAGGUCGACACCUCGGCUCCUCGCCCUGAAAGCUACCGCGAGGACUACGAGACGGUCGAGGAGGCAGCCCAGUCCGGUCUCGAGCUCAACGAGACCUCCAAGGCCCAGCUCUACUCGGAUAUUGCCUCCGGUGCAGAGAGCGGCAGUGACUACUCGGCUGCUCGCUGGUCCACGCGCCCCACCAUCAACUUGACCGAUACCAUCCCCGCUCAGCGCUUCCUCAACACGGCUGCUCAGCUGCCCGUCGACCUCAACUCGAUCCUCUUUGCUUGCGAGCAGAAGCUCUCGGCUUUCUACAAGGUCUCGGGCAACGGAACGCAGGCCAACGCUACGCGUGCCAACUACUGGGCACAGCAGGCUCAGGCUCGCAAGGAGGCCAUCCUCGAUGUCUUCUGGGACCCCAGCAAGAAGUUCUUCUACGACUUCAACACCACUCUGGGUGACCGUGCUCCGUUCUUCACUCCCGCUGGCUUCUUCCCGCUGUGGGCUCAGAUCCUGCCGCAGGAGUUCAUCAACGAGACAAUCAGCAUCGACCAGCGCAGGGAGAACCUGCAGGCUGUCUUCUCGGGUCUGCGAUACAUCAUCGACCGCUUCAACGGUACCCUUCCUGCUUCGCUGAUCACCACUGGCCAGCAGUGGGACUUUGCCAACGCCUGGCCACCUCACACGUACAUCGCUCUGGAGGCGCUUCGCAACCUUCCCGACAUGCUCGCCUCCGGCGCCCAGCUCUCCGCUGAGAACGGCACCUUUGCCCUCAUCCCCAUGGUCAACGGCACGAACCAGCUUGGCCAGACGCAGGACACCCUGCCCGUUCAGGGCCUGGAGAACGAGCCCGGAAGCAUGAUCAACGAGACCUCUGCCGGCGCCACGGACCCCAGCGAUCCAUCUGUCGAGCUCACUCCCGCUCUCAACACGGGCAACAACACGAGUGGCGAAAGCUGGCGCGACGAGCUGGUCCGCGAGCUGGCAAACCGCUACGUCGCCUCCGCGCUCUGCUCAUGGCGCGCCACGGGCGGUAAGCUCAACACCACAGACGCCGCCUUCCAGCCCGUCCCCGACGCAACCCUCACUGCCAACGGCCUCAAUGCUUCCACCGCCAUCGGCAACAUGUUUGAGAAGUUCAAUGCGAGCGACAUCAACGCCGCCGGGUCGGGCGGUGAGUAUACCGUCCAAACGGGCUUCGGUUGGACCAAUGGCGUCGCUAUCUGGCUUGGAGGACAGCUGGGAGCCAACCUGACGAGGCCUGAAUGUCCCCCGGUGGUGGUUCAGGAAACGAGCACCGCUGAGGAGUAG